AUGUCUAAGUUAACUGAUGAUGACAUACAGUUAGUUUUAUUACAAGAUAUACCAAGUGGUAGUGAAAGUGAGGAUGGACUAUUUAGUGAUGAUGAUGAUUCUGACCAUGACAAAACAUACCGUCCAAAUGGCAUUUGCGACGUGUCAGCAACUAGUUCAAGUGAAUCAGAAGAUGAAAAAAGUCAAAUUACUACAGAAAUGCUCCUAUCAACUUCGAAGACUAAUUUACAGACUUCAUCUCACAGACAGUCUGCUCUCAAUAAAGUUGGAUUAAAACAGAAUGAGAAAAAUCAAGUGGGUUCAAAUAGUCAACAAAAAAAACAAGUCAACUUAAAAAAAAAAUCUCAAAGAAGUCCAAAUGAUCAUCUUGUAUGUAUUCAAGAUCCUUUGCAAUGUCAAGUUCCUAAUGAUCCAUAUAAUCCUCCAGUAUGGAGUAAAAAUUAUUCAAUGCCUGCUAUUGAACCAUUUACUGAAAAUAGUUGUGGUCCUGAUGAUAUUUUUGAAAAUUUAGAUGAUAUUUCUCCAUAUGCUAUUUUUUGCCAAAUAUUUGAUGAUCAUAUUAUUGACCAUAUAGUUUUUCAAACUAAUUUUUAUGCUACUCAAGUAGGAAAACAAUUCACUCCCACUACUGAAGAUGAAAUAAGAACUUUUCUUGGUAUAAAUUUGUACAUGGGUAUUAAUCGCCUUCCCAGUUAUCGUGACUAUUGGUCAAGUGCUUCUGAUUUGCAUAAUGUUUAUAUUUCAAAUUUGAUGUCUGUUAAGCGCUUCAGUUGGUUACUCAAUUACAUUCAUUUUAAUAACAAUCAAGUACAGCCAAAAAGAGGGCAUUCAAAUUAUGACAAACUUUAUAAAAUUCGACCAAUUCUAAACUAUAUUGGAGAAAACUUUAAUAAAUUAUAUAAGCCCCAUAGGGAAGUAGCUAUCGACGAGGCAAUGGUGAAAUUUAAAGGCAGAAGUUCACUAAAGCAGUUCAUGAAAGACAAACCAAUUAAAAGGGGCUAUAAAAUAUGGAUGCUAUGUGACAAAUCUGGAUAUAACCUAAAAUUUCAAGUGUAUACAGGGAAAUGUGAAAAUUCUGUUGAAUUGGGUCUUGGUGCUAGAGUUGUCCUUGAUUUGUGUAAAGGUCUUGAACAUAAAAAUCAUGUCGUUUAUAUGGAUAAUUUCUUUUUGAGUAACAUCCUUUAUGAACAACUUCUAGAAAAAAAUAUUUAUGCCUGUGGAACGGUCAGAUUCAACCGAAAAUAUCUUCCAACUUUAGCAAAUGAUAAUAAGUUACAGCGAGGAGAUUUUGACUGGGCAACUAGUAAUAGAGGGUUGACCAUGUUCAAAUGGAAGGAUCGUAAAUCAGUACAUCUCCUUUCAUCUCUCCAUUCACCUAGUGAUACAAUAAGUGUAAACAGAAAAGAAAAAAGUGGAAGUUUAACUAAAGUUCCAUGUCCAACAGUGCUAAAAGAUUAUAAUGCAAACAUGAAUUUUGUGGAUAAUUUUGAUAGGUUGAAGAAAGAUUAUCAGUGUGAUCGGAAAAGCCGGAAAUGGUAUAUGAGAAUUUUUUUUCACAUGCUUGAUUGUUGUGUCACAAAUGCUUUUAUUAUACACAAAGAACUACCAAAAAUUGAUGGAGAAAAAAAAUUAAAUAAUAAAAACUUUCGUCGAGAAGUUUAUGGUGGUCUAUUAGCAGCUAAAAUUAUUGGAGUGCGUUCGCAAAUACCUAAUAAAACAAGAUCUCUCAAUAAUGAAAUAAGUAACCAUAAACCUUUUGUACCAAAACGUAUAAGACUCCAAGAAGCCAAACAUCAACCAGUUAGGGGAACUAGUCGUCGAUGCGCAGUGUGUUCCACUAAAAAGAAACCAGUAAGGACUAUUUGGAUGUGUAAUACCUGUCAAGUACCACUGUGCUUAAAAAAAGAAACACAGUGUUUUCAAAUUCAUCAUACAAAGUAG